AGUGCCGGGUUUCCUGCCAAGUCGGUUUGAAAAGAGCAGACAAAGGCUUUGAGCUCAGGACGCCCCUCUCUGCCUCUCACUCACAAAGCCAACCUGAACUCCUGUCUUCUCCGCUCCCCACCACCCCCCACCCUGUCAUGGAGCUGCCCCGUAGCCAGCAGUGCUGAGACUGCCACUUCAGCGCUGACUUCCUCCUCCUGAAAUGUACGACCGUCUGGAUCCCCGCUCGGCCGCCGGAGGAAGGCUUUUUGUGGGUAUAAUACUAGGAAGCGUCGUCUGAGAGAAGAGGGAGAGGGGGGAAGGAUUGACGCUUUUUCCUCCUCUCCUCCUCCGCCUCCUUCUUCUUCUUCCUUUUGCCCCCUUUUUCCUGCUCCUUUUUUUUUUUGGCGGAUAGCGGGGUCCAAGCAGGAAUUAACGUUUUUCUUUGCUGUUUUUACUUUAAUAUCUAUUUGAAUCCUGCUGCGCAACCAGACCGGAUCACGUGGCACCAGAGAGUUGGAUCGAUUUUGCACAGUUCAGAGUGAGAGUAGGAGUAAAAUAAAACAAGAGCAGCACACAACUCCUGCUUUCAACUUUUUAAAAAACAACAACAAAAAACCAACUGGGACUGUUGUUACUUUUGCAUAAUAUCAAGUGCAGAAGGGGGAUCUUUUUUUCAGCCUUGGAGGUGUGGAGUAUUGAUUCUUAUAUGCCUGGGUUUUGAAAAACAAUGGAGACGCACAUUUCGUGCCUCUUCCCAGAAAUUUUGGCCAUGAUUUUCAGCUACCUGGACGUGAGGGACAAAGGCAGGGUGGCUCAAGUGUGCAUCGCUUGGAGGGAUGCAUCCUACCACAAGUCAGUGUGGAGGGGGGUGGAAGCCAAGCUUCACCUCCGACGGGCAAAUCCUUCCUUGUUCCCCAGCCUACAAGCCAGGGGGAUCCGGAGAGUCCAGAUCUUGUCCCUGCGCCGCAGCCUGAGCUAUGUCAUCCAGGGGAUGCCGAACAUAGAGUCCCUCAACCUGUCUGGCUGCUACAACCUAACCGAUAACGGACUGGGCCACGCGUUUGUCCAAGAGAUCCCUUCUCUAAGGGUUCUGAACCUAAGUCUCUGCAAGCAGAUCACAGACUCCAGUCUAGGUAGGAUCGCCCAGUACCUGAAGAACCUGGAGGUGCUGGAGCUCGGCGGCUGCAGCAACAUCACAAACACUGGGCUCCUGUUGAUAGCCUGGGGGCUCCACAGACUUAAGAGCCUCAAUCUGAGGUCCUGCAGGCAUGUCUCAGAUGUAGGGAUCGGACAUUUGGCGGGCAUGACCCGGAGUGCAGCAGAGGGCUGCUUGAACCUGGAGUACCUGACCCUCCAAGACUGUCAGAAGCUGACAGACCUGUCACUCAAGCAUAUCUCCAAGGGGCUUACCAAGCUGCGGGUGUUGAAUCUGAGCUUCUGUGGGGGGAUCUCAGAUGCGGGGAUGAUCCACCUGUCUCACAUGACCUCCCUGUGGAGCCUCAACCUGCGCUCCUGUGACAACAUCAGUGACACAGGAACUAUGCACCUUGCGAUGGGCACCCUUCGACUCUCCGGGCUGGACGUUUCCUUUUGCGACAAGAUCGGGGACCAGACCCUGGCGUACAUUGCUCAGGGACUGUACCAGCUCAAGUCCUUGUCCCUGUGCUCCUGCCACAUCUCAGAUGAUGGGAUAAACCGGAUGGUGAGGCAGAUGCACGAGCUGAGGACCCUGAACAUUGGACAGUGCGUGCGCAUCACAGACAAAGGGCUGGAGCUCAUAGCCGACCACCUGACCCAGUUGGUGGGCAUCGACCUAUAUGGAUGUACCAAGAUCACCAAGAGGGGAUUGGAGCGAAUCACGCAGCUCCCCUGCCUUAAAGUGUUGAACCUGGGACUCUGGCAGAUGACGGAGAGUGAGAAAGUGAGGUGAUUGGGAGUGUUUUUGUGUGUGUGUUUGUGUGUGUUUUUUU